AUGGCAGCUCCUGCAGUUGAUUUUUGUAAAAUUGAAUCGCGAGCGAUAAAAUUGAAGCAAGGCAAAGGAGCGGCGGAAUCCCAUGGUGAGAUGAAGGAAAUCUUGAAAGAUGGCUGCUCAUCUUACUCCAUAAUGAAUAUCUGGGUGUUAAGGUUUCGGACUGGUCAUUUCGAAGUCACUGGUGAACCUCGAUCAAGACGGCCAACUUUCGCAACCACAGAGGACAAAGCCGACGCUGUGCACGUCAUGAUUCUCGAGGUCCACCGGAUUUUAGCUAAAGGCAUAGCUAAGACUCUGAGGAUUUCUCGCCAAAGAGCUGGCUACAUCAUACUCGACAUUCUGGACACGAGAAAGCUUUCCGCAAAAUGGGUGCCGAAAUAUCUGAUCGCAGAUCAGAAGCGCAUCAGAAUGACGACAUAA